GUCGCCAGCUCGCCAGAGUCGUGUACUGUCGUAUACGGCGUAGCGUAUGGCGCCGGUGAGUUUUGGUUAAAGUCGCCGAGUGAGACGUCGCACGAAAGGAUGGGUCCCGUAUUUUGUGCCGUUUACGUCGCGCUGUUGUCCGUAUACGCGAGCGCGUUCGCGGACCCGCACACGCGGCGAACGAAGGACAGCCUGGUGGAGCAAUUGAACGAGGAUAACUGGGAUCGCAUGCUAACGGGAGAGUGGAUGGUCGAGUUUUAUGCGCCAUGGUGUCCAGCGUGUAAAUCACUUGAACCAGUCUGGGAGGAUCUUGCGUUAUCGAAGAAGGAGCUAAAUAUCAAUGUUGGAAAGAUAGACGUGACGAAUUCUCCAGGUCUUAGUGGUAGAUUUAUGGUUACAGCUUUGCCCACAAUAUAUCAUGUGAACAAUGGGAUAUUUAGGCAGUAUAAGAGCCCAAGAGAUAAAUCCUCGUUGACCGAAUUUGUGUCUAAAAAAACUUGGACGAAAGUGGUUCCGAUAUCUAGUUGGAAAAGUCCAACUUCAAUCCAUAUGUCAAUUUUAAGUCAAUUUUUUAAGCUGUCCCAAGUGUUACGAAAUAUCCACAAUCAACUUUUAGAAGAAGUUGGAUUACCUGUGUGGGGUAGUUACUUGAUUUUUGCUAUUGCAACAGUUAUUUUGGGUACAAUGUUAGGAUUGUUCAUCGUGUGUUUGAUCGACUUCAUUUUUCCACAAAAACCGGCACAGCAACAAGGCAAGAAGAAACAGAGUGGCGCAACGGACGGUGCUACUCAGGAGAAAAGUUCAGACGAGGAUGAAAUUGCAGAAAAUAUUGGGGAUGAUUUAAUAGACGAAGAAGAAUCUGAAGCAGAGGAACCCGAAGUGAAGGAAUCUGAAGCGAAGGAAUCCGAAGCGAAGGAAGUUGAAGCGAGUGAGAAAGAUAAAGAUACUAAAGCUGAUACUAGUAGUCCCAAUGUUCGCAAGCGUAAGCCACGCAAGGCUGAUUAGAGAUACUAAUUUGUUUUAUGUAAAUAUUCAACAAACAUGAAUUACUUGCGACUAAUCUUUGGUGAUAUGCUCCCAAAGUCAUUCCUGUGCGCCAGUACGAUAUGAUAUUGUUAUCCCACAUCUCAAAUUAUGGAUAAGUAGUGUGGAUCAUCCAAGUGAAUGAUUCGAAGAAACGACGGUGUCUACCGUCACUUGUAUAUGUUUAAAAAUUCCAGUGAAAGAAUUUCAGAUUAUUAUUUUGUCUGUAAACAUUUUCUUAUCUACAAAUACAUUUUGAAAAUUUGAAAAUAGAUACCUCAGGUAUUAUUCAGUAAAAUUUUAGGAUCUUGCAAGCGUUUCUGCUGUCAAAUAUUCUCAGGGCUUAAUCCUCUCGUUGAAGCAAUGAGAAAAUGUAAACAUGUUGGAAGGACCUUUUCAAGAUCACGACAGAUACGUUUAAUAGAUUAGCAAGUCGUUUAUUAGAUGGUAGUUGAAAGUUUUUGAACUAAAGAAUUUUUUUUAUUAUGAAGCAUUUACUUUUUGCUUGCUUUUUCUACAAAACGUUUCAGAUUUCAAAAAAUUGAAAUAUUUGUAUGAACUUUUUUUGAGACUAUUGUAAGUCUAAAAGACACUUGAUAUUAUUUUUUAAAUCAUUUAUAUUUCAUAUAGUGAUAAAAGAAAGAAAAUGUUGAAGUAAUAAUUGUAUGAAUAUCGUGUUUAAGUAUCUAAUCUUUAGCCAUCGGGAAAAGAACUAUAAUAGCAUAUUACCUUCUUUAAGGUUAUAACGUUACAAAACCAUUUAUAAAUCUAUUUAUUAAUUAUAGUUGAUAUAUAAAAAUAUUACAAAUAUUACUAUUUACAUUCUUUUUUUCGAUCACAUUUUUGAAUAAAAUAUUUUAAAAUCGUCAAAAAUGAAUUGAAAACUACUUAAGAGUAAUUAUUACUUUUAUAAGACUUAUAUAUGCACUCAUAUUUCUUAAGUUCAAAUAUAUACAGUUAUAGUAUUUUGCAAUUAUAGUCAUUUAAUAUAUAAUCGCGCAUUUAUUUAUAUGAAAAGAGAAAUCACAAGUCCUUUCAUAAAAACUGAUGUUCUAACUAAAGUAUUAAUGUAAUAUAUUAAUAGCUGAUGUUUAUUGUUGUCAGCAAUUAAGAAUUGUGGUCAUUGCAUACGCAUUAUUUCUGAUAGCUUUUUUAUAACUUUUUUUUACUGUGACCACAUAAUUAGCCUAUACAUAUGUAUGGAAUAUUUUAUAUGCUGCAGAUGUUUCUAUGAACCUGAUUUUUUCUUUCUCUGUCAAUAAAUUACAGGAAUUUCCAUUAAUGAUCCAUGAAAUAAAGCAAAGUAUUGCAAUAAAUAGUACUCGCAAUAAAACAUAAAUAGCAUGUUUAGAAAGGCCUACUUUAGCUUGUUACAUUUGAGUUCAUUUUUACAAUUACAGUAUAAAAAAAGGAUUUUUAAUUACAAAGAACAUAAUCAAAAAGCUUUUUUCACUUUAUUGCAAGCAUGCAUGCAUAUAUGCUACUACACUUGAAAUAUGAAUAAAUAAAGUCUCUGCCCUUAAAAGGGUAUGAUUAUCGAAUAUUGUUUACAUUUUUAUUUGUAUAAUAUAUAUUCGAUCAUAAUUCUCAGUGAUUUGUUUUUAUUACAAUGUCUUCCGCAUAUUAUUUUCAAUACAUCGGGAUUAAAAUCUCCAUGAUAACAACGACAUUUAUAUAUACAUAUACAAUACAAGUUCCCGUUAUUUAAUAGUAUUUGGCAUUGGUAUAAUAUGGAAAAUUUACUGCUUUGCUGUGUUCCAUAUUAAAACCGAUUUUUCCGCUUUUCUGGUACACGAUUUAUAUUCAUGCCUUCAAUUAUUCAUUCUCUGAUAAGUAGGACGUUAUUAAUUAUGCUAAUAUCAAGGAAAAAUCAGCGUGAAGCUAAUGAAAAUCUCUGUAAUAUUUACUGCCUGAUAAAGUUUUAAUAAACGAUUUAAAUCAA